AUGAGCAGACUGUGGACAGUUCCUUCAGAGCAGACUGUGGACAGUUCCUUCAGAGCAGACUGUGGACAGUUCCUUCAGAGCAGGCUGUGGACAGUUCCUUCAGAGCAGACUGUGGACAAUUCCUUCAGAGCAGACUGUGGACAGUUCCUUCAGAGCAGACUGUGGACAGUUCCUUCAGAGCAGACUGUGGACAGUUCCUUCAGAGCAGACUGUGGACAGUUCCUUCAGAGCAGACUGUGGACAGUUCCUUCAGAGCAGGCUGUGGACAGUUCCUUCAGAGCUGCGUUCUGGGCUGAAGAUCUGAGACCUAAAGAGGAAGACGUGUGA